AGAAUCUCUCGGGGCGUAUAUGGAAAUUAUACUUCUGAGUUCUUAGAUGUAAUUUACCAAACUUAUUUUAGAUGUUGUUCUGGUAAAUUAGUUGCAGAAGUUGCGGUUGCGACUCCCAGGGCGCUAACUUGUGGGAUUAGUUUGUAUGCAGCCCGACAGCGGAGGCUGACUGCGGUGGGAUGGGCUGUGAGGUGUUCAAGAUGGCGGCGCCCUGUGGAGUGGAGCUACUCUAACAGAGGUGCCUGGAGACUGUAUCGGAGGGUGGCCCCAGGAGUCCUCCAGGCAGCCAGGGACGGACACCGUGAGAGAGACGCUGCCUCCACCUCCAGCACUGCCACCACCAUGGCCAGGGAGCAGCCCAAUGUGGGGGACCUCCUCCCGCUCCUGGAGACCUCCGACCUCCACCAGCUAGAAGAGAUCAGAGGCCUUAUCAACGAGCAUCUCAGCACUGAGCGAGGGUCCAUGCUGCUGAAUGGGCUGGUGGACUACUUUUUGGAAACAAAUUCUGCCCAGGCCAUGCAUAUCCUCUCCUCAGUCAGAGAGCCACAUGAUAAGCACCUUCUGGACAAGAUGAACGAGUGUAUGACCAAACAGGCCUGCCGACUGCCCACCCUCACCCUGCUUGGCCAUGUAAUCCGUAAGCAGCCGUCCUGGAUCCACAAGAUUGCUCGAUACCCUCUGCUGCUCUCGCUGCUCAAAUGCCUAAAGACGGACACGGAUGUAGUGGUGCUGAUAACUGGAGUGCUGGUACUGAUCACUCUGCUACCCAUGAUCCCUCAAGCUGGGAAACAACACCUGUGGGAGUAUUUCGACAUCUUUGGCCGCCUGGCAUCCUGGAACCUUAAGAACCCCGGGCAUGUUUCGGAGGUUUAUCUAAUCCACCUGCACGCCAGCGUCUAUUCACUCUUCCACCGCCUCUACGGAAUGUACCCGUGCAACUUUGUGUCCUACCUGCGAUCCCAUUACAGCAUGAAGGAGAACAUGGAUACAUUUGAGGAGGUAGUAAAGCCGAUGCUUGAACACGUUCGUAUACAUCCUGAACUGGUGACAGGAACAAAGGAUCAUGAGCUUGAUCCCACUAGAUGGAAAAAGUAUGAAAUCCAUGACAUCGUCAUCGAAUGUGCCAAAGUGUCUCUAGACCCCAAGGAGGCCUCCUGUGAGGAGGGCUACGCCACCAUGCCUGAGAAUUUUUACCCCCAGAUCCACAUGCGACCACAAGACUGCACUUCCAGCCCCUACACAGACCUUCACAGCAGCUACGGAAGCUCUUCUUCGACCCCGUUCUCAACUCCACGGCAACCGCUACCCCCGCCCCUGUCCUUGCCCCCCUUCUCAGGGACACAGUCCUCCUACCGCAGCCCACAAACCUCCAGACGCCAGAACUCCACCUGUGAACUCAACUCUUCCUGCGGGGGAAAAGACCCUCUAUGGAGCCCCUCCUCUUUGUGUGGCAUGGCCACGCCCCCUUCCUCCAGGGGCAUGUCGCCCAACUUAGAGCUCUCCCACAGUGCCUCACACCUUCCCAGCCGCUUCCACUGCACAUCAGGAGGGAAAGGAACGCCUGCCUCCAGCACUCCAGCCACCUCCUCCCCACCUCCCACACUUUCAGAUGACUUCCCUGUAAUCUCCUUACCAGCCAACACAGUCCAGUCCAGUCCACCAAGAAAGGAUCGUCGACAAGGAGAAAGCAGUAAACCUGCACUGGUGAGACAGGAGCCAGUGAAAGACACAGAGAAGAGUGCGGAAGUAACAACAAGUAGAGAUGCAGGAGCUGCUGAGAAUGUCUCCAUGACUUUGACAGAACUGUCGGUCUACAUGAAGAAACAGGAGCUGGAGCUUCAGCUGAGAACAGAGAAAGAGAGGGAAGAGGCUGCCAUCACAGAGGAGCUGCUGAAGAUCACUGAAGAUACACAGGAUCUUCCGGUCCUGAGGGGCUUUGAUUCCCCUUUUUAUCACACCACUGAGACUCUGACUGGCUCUCAGGCACAAGACAAGACCCUCUCAAAUACCCAGCAUGGAGGCCCCGUCCGGGACACCCACCAUGUUGUUUCAACACCAGACAAAGCAGACAACACUGCAAGUACCAGCGGUGUUGGAAGUGAGAGAGGAGGGGGAGGAGCAGGAGGAGACAGCAGGAGUUCAGCCAUCGGCCUCGAGCAGUAUUGGUCCUUCCAGUCAGGUUUCACCCCAAUCGAUCACCACCUGCACCGGAGCCCCUCCGCCCCAGACGAUGAGGUGGGCAAGCUGGGGAUGUUCUUCCCGAGCCCAUGCAGCAAGAACCCAGCCCCGGUACCCUACGAGUUGUUUUUCAACCUGGCCCUGCCCAGGGCGGCCUCACUCUUUGUGGGGCAGAAGACGUCAGAGGCGGUUCACAAGGCGGCGAUGGAGAGGCUUUUGCAGCGAGAAGAGGGGUUGGAGGACGGAGAGGAGGAAGGGGUAGUGUCUGCUUCACCACUGGAGGUGCUGGAUCGCCUUGUUCAGCAGGGGAGCGACACCCACGAUAAAGUUCUCAAGAGAGCCUGCUUGGGUCGUUUCCAGUCUAUAACUGCGGGCCAAAGGAAACACCCCGUUGAAAACAAAUUACCUUUGCCAAGUAAGUCAGCUGACUGGACGCACUUUGGAGGCUCAGCUCCGCUGGACGAGCUUCACACGCUGCGCAGCCAGCUGCUCCUGCUGCACAACCAGCUGCUCUACGAGCGCUACAAGAGGGAGCAGCACGCCGUCCGCAACCGACGCCUCCUCCGACGCAUCAUCAACGCCACUGCACUGGAGGAGCAGAACAAUGCUAUGAAGGACCAGCUGAACUUGCAGAGUGUGGACAUCUUGUCACUAAGGGAGAGUCUGCAGGUGGAGCAGCAGCGGUACAGGCAGCUGUGGGAUGACCGGGAGAUAGUGGUUACCAGGCUGCACAGUCAGAUCAGACAGCUGCAGCAGGGCCGAGAUGACUACUACACCAAGAACCAGGAGCUCCAGAGUAAGUUGCAGGAGUGUCAGAAAAGGAUGGAUGAACUGGAGGCAGAGCUUCAGAGGGCCAACAACAAAGUCUGCCACACUGGUCACCUCCUCAACCAGAUGACCAUCAAGCUGAGCAACAGUGAGAGCACCCAGCAGCAGAUGAGCUUCCUGAACAAGCAGCUGCUGCUCCUCGGGGAGGCACAUAAGCUGUCCAUGCAGGAGUUACACCACACAGGCGCUGAUAAUACAAAGGAGGCCCAGAUGCUGCAGGUGUCUUAUGGGAAAGAGGUGGAGACGCUGAGGCAGAGUCUGUUGGUUCAGGGUCAGAAACUGGACGCAGCGCAGCAGAGAGUCGCCGAGCUGGAGACGCACCUCUCCAAGAAGGAACACCUCAUCGCCGAGCAGAAGAAGUUCCUCGAGGAUGUAAAAUGUCAAGCAAAGGCGGAGCUGCAGGCCUCAGACAGCAGGUAUCAGGCUCAGAGGAGAAUCACUCAGUUGCUACAGACUGAACUCCUACAGCUCUACAGCAGAGUGGAGAUGGAGGCUCCGGGCUGCACCGCCACCAGCUCACCAGCAGGGGGCAGAGCUGACCCAAACGCGCCUGCUGGCUCCAGUGUCAUGGUGCCAGAUGGACCAAGUAAAAGUCACACCAACGAGGAGGCGGCCAGUAGACCCCUGCACGACUCCCCUCGGGGCAACGGCAGCACUUUAUCGCCAGGGCAACCAAAGGCGAGCAACUCUUCCAAGUCAACAGCCAACUCCAUCAACGGCAGCCAAGACCUGGCCCCGCCCCUGCUAGUGGAGCCAUCCCUGUCCUGUCCCCAUGUCAACCCGCUUGCACCCCUGCCCCCCUCUGACGCGCCGCUCACCGUGGGAUCCUACCCCAGCGCCAAGAGUUUCCUGGGCAUGAGGGCGCGUGAGCUGUUCCGUAACAAAAGCGAGAGCCAGUGCGACGAGGAGCAACCACCGCCGCGCCUUGCCGGCCUUGCCCACGGCCUGAAGACUGAGCUGUGCGUGGAGCCGCCCUGCCCAGGUUAUAUUGCCCCUGUCGGCCCUGCACCUUCCCCCAGUCCGACUCCGCCCCCUGCCCCAGCCCCUGCCACUCCUCUCACUGUGUCCACGAAGGAGCCCCCAUCUGAGCCCAAGCAGCGGGCUUCCAGCCAGGAAAGCCCCCGCAGGAAGGCAGGGGCGGGGCCCGGUGGAGGGCGGGGUCAGGCAGGGUCAGGACGCCCCCGGCAGCAGCAUCUAAAGAUCAUGGACUAUAAUGAAACACAUCACGAGCACAGUUAGAGACACAGAACUGAGAUGGGACAGAGGGCGGAUGAGGAGAGACUGAAGUUUAACGAUGGAGAAGAGCUACAAAUCAGCGAAAGAGUAACAUGUCAGCAACUCUUUGGAAUUCAGUGUUAUUUGUUCCAUUCCUCUGAGUGGACAACAGGAUUUCCCCACAUUUUUCUAUUUUUUUUUAAUUAUUAUUAUUAUUUUUUUUUCAUACUGAUUCAUUCCCCUGAGGAAUUUUGAAAAGGUGGCAGUGAAACAAAGUUGAUGUGUUACCAAUGAAGAUGUUAGACUUAUGAAUUUGGUUAUGAGACAAAGAUGCUCUAGGAUACACCAACAGGAUAUGACACUGUAAGUCUGAUGUUUUAAGUGUAAGAUCAACUAAAAUACAAAUUUGCACAUUUCAUUUUUGGCUCUACCUGCAUCAGCCAUGCAGCUAGCUCAGGUUUUAUAUUUUCAAAUUUUGAGAAAUCUCUCAGGGGUUUCUGCCUUCACCCCAACACAUUGGAGGUGAAGGAAAUUUUGUUUGUGGUGCUCUCAGCAUUGUAACGUUUCACUUGUUAAAAAAAAAAAAAAAAUCUUUCUAGAAACAGUGUCCUAGUUACUUUGGAUGAAAUACUCAGACCUCACAGUGAAAAGUUUUCACUUUAAAAAUACCUUCUACUGAAGGAAGUAGAAAGAAAACCUGCUGUUAAAAAUUUUAGAUGCCACUUUUCAGUCCUGCGAGGACUACAAUUGGAGUUCCAUUCACCUCUAUCAUAUUGUGCUGGAGGCAGAAACCUCAGAGACGGUAUCUCAAAAACUGGAUAAAUAAAACCUAAAUCAUCUGCUGUAGUCAAUACUACAAGGCAUAAGCAAACUGAACAUUUCAAAAUUUAAAAGGCACUGCCUCAAGUCAAAUUAUUACAUUUGCGUUGAUCAUCUGUGAGGUGUGCUUUGGCAUUUACCACGGACCGAAAUAUUUUUUUUUUUUUUUGAUUCAUGUUGAACGAGUGUUAUAUCUUAGCAAUGGAAGUGAUCAGUACAUUGAGAUGUCUGGGUUAUUCCGGGUAAACCGUGUAGUGUGACCUUAUUGUCGCUGGACUGAAUUGGAAGACGAAUAUUUCCAUACAACACUCCUUUGAGUUUUUGUCCAUAAUACGUCAGAAGGCGAAUGUUUUGUUUGAGAGGGUGUAGGCGAUGAAGUCAUGUUGAUUCUCGUGUCCCAGUAAAGACGCAACGAGGAAAGUGUAUGAAAUUUAGCAACUGGUGAAAUUUUAUGCAUUUUUAUUAAUUCCACAUUCUGUUGCACCUUUACUUUUUAUUCAACCAUGAAGUGUGCUCAUAAGUACAUAUCCUAAAUUUGAAUCAGACCUGGCCAAGCUACAAAAAUCAACAAGUUUUUUCGUUACAAAAUACCAGCUGACUGUUUUGGAAGUGCCAUGAAAACAUUUGUGGUCUGGCUGAAUUCAAGUAUUUCUAAACAGAAGUGUUGUUACUCAUGCUGUGUUCAGCUUUUACCUUGAACUUGGGAAACGGAAAAUGUCUAAUAGGUUUUCCUUCCUGCAGGUCCGAUAAACACGGAGUUAACUCCUUUCUCCUAAGCAUCGGAGGUAAACUCUGCUUUUGAAAGUCAUCUAAAUCCUGUUGUCCACCGGGAAUUCCUGCUGUCAUUUCCUUCUGCCUCGCUAUCUAAAGCAUGUUCAACAAUCCACUUUAAAUGCCAACCGUAGUAACUACAGCAAACCAAGACAGAAGGUACAAUCAGCACAAACUUAUGAAACCAGGACUCUGACCGGAGCUGGAGAAUCUGGGACAAAAUGGCAAAAAAGGAAGUUCUUAAAGCAGUGGCUUGUGUUUAACUGUGAACAAUAAAGAUCGUCUUCAAUGUUUUGCACUACAA